AUCAUGCCAGACAGUUAUGUUGAUGCCUGUUUAUUUGCAUUCUGUGCCCACUCUGGGAGUGAUGAGGACCGAACUCGUAUGAUUUGUGAAACAUUCACCAGUUACUCCCGGGAAUGUGGAGAACAACACAUCUUCAUCGAGUGGAGGACUCCCGAUUUCUGUGGGAAGACUUGCAGUAAUGAAAUGAUUUACUCAGACUGUGUCUCCACCUGUCCUGCUACCUGUGAGACUGUGGGUAACCCUAGUGAAGGUUACUGUCGAGAGGAAUGUGCCAGUGGCUGUGAGUGCCCACAGGGUUACUACCUGGAGAUGGGGCGAUGUGUCAAAGCUGAGGAUUGUCCCUGUUUCCAUCAUGGACAGAAGUAUCGCCCUGGGCAGACUAUCCGACAGAGAUGUAAUGACUGUGUCUGUCAGCGAGGUCAUUGGGAGUGUACGCAGAAUAAAUGUGCUGCUGAGUGUGACGUGAUCGGGAGCCAGCACUACAUCACAUUUGAUCACAAACGCUACUCAUUCCAUGGCAACUGUGAAUACACACUCGUGGAG